CUGCGUCAGGUUCUCCGACGUCUCUCCCUCUUCCAUAAAAGGUAAAGACGAACACUUCACCUGGCCCUUCCUCGUGCAAGCAUCUCUUCGGAGCUCUCAACCAGACAACUCAAGAUGAACGACGAAGGUAAACUUUUCAUCGGAGGCCUCAGCUUCGACACCAAUGAGGAAUCCUUGAUGGCGGCUUUUGCCAAGUAUGGAAACAUCGCCAAAGCUGAUGUUAUCCGCGACAAAGACACUGGGCGGUCCCGUGGUUUCGGCUUCGUCAAGUUUGAUAAUGCCGACGAGGCCAAGGAUGCGUUGGAGGGAAUGAACGGAACCAGCCUGGAUGGACGGUCCAUUCGAGUGGAUGAAGCCGGCAGAGGCAGAUCCGGUGGUUCCAGAGGCGGCUUCGGCGGCGGCGGUGGCGGUGGCGAUAGAAGCUACAACAACGAUGGCGGCGGAGAAAGGAGCUACGGUGGUGGAAGCGGUGGCGGCGGUGGAUACAGAAGCGGCGGCGGUGGUGGCGGAUACAGAGAUAACCGGGGCCAGGGAAGCUAUGGCGACCAAUAAGACAACUAGGCCCAAGACCAAAAAUCUCCCUCACUGAAGUUCGUCAGUUGGCUGGCUGUAUUUAAAAGAUGCGCCACUCAAGAAAAAUGUCCACGUGUUAUUGGUGACCUUAUUUUUUUAUAGUAUGUUCUGUUAGCAGCUUAAGCAUAUUUAAAGUUACUUUAAGAUGUUCCCGCGUUGACGGGGUGUCUUAAUAUCUUGCUAUAAAUAAAUCUUGCUUUUUCAACAUAUAUCCACGUGGCUUUCUCUUCGGGGAUUUUUUUGUGCAUGCAUUCCUUAGUGAUUCUAGCGCGAUUCCACAUCCUUGAGUGUUCUAUAUUGCGGAGGGGACCGUGUACUAGCAGUUUCUUUCCAAGCAAAUUCAUUUCAGAAAGUAUUUCACACACGAGGCCGACUGCUCCUCGUGUCCCAAAUUGCGGCACGCUGCAGUCGAUCCGAAAGUUCAAUUUUCUUUGUUCUGCUCUUCAACGCCUGCAUUUUAAAUGUGCUGUAAAAUGGACUGAACUUGUAUAGGUGAACAUCAAUGUAACUAGUCGCACCAAUAAAUAACAGGCGGGAUCAGUUUUGUACUUUGAUAUUUUUGUUUUGUUGCUCAAUUUGGUUUCAUGGAGACUAAACGAUUUCUACAAAUAAAGACAUUGAACAUGAAGAAAA